AAUAGGCACUUUGCGCAAAAGCCUUCCACUCUGUUAGACUCUCAGUCCCUCGACUCUCCAACUCUCAAUCGUUCGCCUCUUCACAGUGCUUACCAGCCAUCACUGCUGUCGACCAACAUAACGACACCACCCAUCAUCCUUCUUGACGACAUCCCAGAGAACUCAGGCCAUCAACCCUUUACCCCACCGUCAAUUCUCUCCACUUCGACAACACCCCCGCCGUCGCGACCACAAUCACCCCGUCACUGUCGUCGAGGACAUUGCUACCAGCCAUCAUCCCUCUAAAAUUUAGUUGGAUCAACUAUAUACUCUGCCCAAGCUAUAAGGACAAAGGAAGAAGAAGGUUUUAGUGUAUAGAUGUUGCAGUUGAUCACUCGUCGUCAGAGUGUGACCAAUGUGCUUCCCACAUCAUCAGCAUUUAUUGCUCUAGGUGUGAGUGCUCCGUUGAUUGGGGAGCUUACACCAUUUACUGAGACUAUUCCUACGGCAUCCCAGGUGCCCAUCUCAUCAACAUCAUCAAUGUCGGUUUAGUCGCUUAAUGCACGGCAGCCUCACCAGAGCCUUUUGAUCACACUUCCUCAGCAUCCAAAGUUGAGAGUGAGGCCUCCCAGCCAGGUAGUUUUUUCUAAUUCUCACUACAUUGUAUUUUUUUUUUUCAUUUUAAAACUAUUAUUUUUAUGAUGGUGAAAAUUUGCUGGAUUGUGAAAAUGUGUUGCAGGUUGUGAAUUACUGUUAUUUUACUAUUUUAAGGUUUUGGGAAAUGCUAUACUAUUAGGGGAGGUCGUGUCGAAUUUUUGGUAAAAAUUUAAGCUUAGGGUUUUCACCAUUUACGUAUUUUUGCUAGCUAAAAAAAACACUAAAGGGCCUAAUCAAAUGUUGAAGUCGGCACAAAGCGUACGUCAAACCGCUUCCAAGAUCAAGAUUGCGUAUGACUCGCGAUAUCUUGGGGCCGUUACAUCACAGCAGCAUAGCAGCGUCGUUAGUAGCUGUGGAGUUGUUAUUCGACAAAAUUUUCCUGUGCAGUGGCAAUCUUGGGCAGAAAUUCCUAAGGAGACGAAGAAACUAGUACAAGAUAAGUUGUCGGUCAUUUAUGAUUUGCAGGACAUAUCCCUCGAGGCCAUGGCCUACUUAGAAGAGACCUUAGCAACCCGGUAUAAACAUUGGAAGAACAAUCUUCACAUGUAUUUUAAGCGAUGGGAUGAUCCGAAGAUUGCUCACCUGCAUGGUCCAAUCGAGUUGCAGGACCAGCUGGAGGAUUGGGAGUGGCUUUGCAAACAUUUUACGGACCCAAAAUUUGUGAAGAAAUAUGUUGUUGGCAUGGAAGCUCGAGAGUCAAAGACACUUCUCCACCAUUUCGAUUCGAAGUCCUUUUCAUAUAGGCUUAAGGCACGACGUCAGGAAGGUUCUAAGUUCCUAGAUAUCGACAUGUUAGAGGACGUUUACGUUCGACCUGGUGAUGAGAUCACUGAGCAGCUUCAUGCUGUUAUGGUGGAAAAACGCAUUGCUGUUCUCCAAGAAGCAACAUCGCACCUUCCCUCGAAAACCCCGAUCAAGGACGUCAUGAACUUCAGUCGUCGUCAUGGCAAGGUUGUUCGGUAUAUGGGGAAAGCGCAGGUUAGUGAGACGGGUGCCUUUUCUUCCAGAUCGAACAUAGCAAAGGUUGAUGCAUUGAAGGAGGAAGUGACAACCCUAAAGGGUCAGCUUGCGGUCCAAGGCGAGCAAAUAAGGACCUAG